AUGCAGUUUUUUAAGCACUUGACGGACCCGGCGCUCAAGCGGCUCUACAAGUUUGUACUGAAGCGCAUGAUUGGGCGUUUCUUGGCUGCAGACGAGCUGGAUCUGGACCAACUGGACGUCCAUCUGCGCUCUGGGCGGCUGGAACUGUGUGAUCUGCUGUUAAAUGCUGACGUGCUCAACGCUGAGCUCUGUGAGGCUCAGGGACUGCCAUUUAGGGUCGAAAAAGGCUACAUGGGCUCGGUUCGUGUAGCCAUCUCGUACGCAAAUAUCAUAAACGAGAGCUGCUUGGUGGAAAUUGACGAUGUUGAGAUCGUCUUGGUCCCUUUGAAUAAGGCUGAGGCGAAGCCGACUGGGACGAGCGACGCAGGACAGACAGAAGCAGGAGAGCAAGAGCAGGAGGACAGUGGAGAGGCAAAAAGGGAUACGACACAUGAAGAAGUGGAUGAGAUUUCUCGGGAAGGGCUGGAUUUUGUGGCCAGUUGGAUUGAACAGGUGACGUCCAAGAUCAAAGUCACUUUGUCGAAUGUGUGUCUGCGGUUGGAGACAGGCGAACAGCACAAUGGACGAGACGUCGCGUUACUGUGUCGACUGCAGUGGGCGCAGUUUACAGACGAGUCGGCUUCGGAAGUAAUGAGUGUGUACGGACGAGGCACUUUGGAUCAUCCAGGAGGCAUGUGUGGCUCGCAGACGAUGGGUGGCGGGAUGCAGUCGAUGGCAGCAAGUACACUGUUCGGUAUAUCGCACAAAGGCAUUAAGUUCCGCGAUAUUAGUAUGAGCUUGCACUUGAGCGGCGAAGAAUCUGGCGAAGCAGGUCGAUGGAAUAAGCGGUGCCGCCGCACAGAAUACAGCGAUAUGGUACUGCAUCCGUUCCUUGCUAGUGAUCCGAGCAAGCAGUGCUACAUCCAAGUGAAACUUUCCCACUAUGAGGCAUUUGAGGCGCCAGCAAUGGAUGCAGAUAUAUUUUUCCACUCGAUCCGGGUCGUGUUACAGCCUCAGUAUUUUCCGGAACUCGCGAAAAUUCUGGAUGCAUUUUUGGCAAGCACUACCAAGCCUAAUACGCAUCACCUUGAAGAGCGAUACUCAUCGCCAGCGACAUUCCGGUCCAUUUGCAAGAAUCGACCCGGAUGGAUGACUGGAGGUGACGACGACGAAGUUGUUGGGGGUGAAAAAGCGAUCGAUUUAUCGUUUAAGGAAUUCCAGCGCAUUGAGCAGUUGCUUCUGCACUAUCGACAAACGCAAGACGAAUUAAAAAAUGCUCAUCGUGGUGUUUUCUCAACUGGCGGAAGAACACCACCCGCUGAGGAGCAACUGUUGUUCACGACACGAAGAUUAUCUGCUGCCGAAAGUGUGGAUAGUAUAGGACUGUCCGACCUGGACAAUGAGGAUGACGGGUUUUUCGAGUGUGAUUCUGGACUUGCUAACUCGAUUGCACCGAGUGCGUCUUUUGGAAGCCAGAGUAUGAUGGGUCAAUCCAUGUACACGUCGGCUCGGUACGGCUUUAACGAAAGCGACACACACGACGAUCGAAGUCAGUUGUCGUCAUCUACAACAGCAGCCCAGCACAAAGCUGCGCACCAAGUGCAGUCAAGAACAAAGGUCCAUUUGCUCGAGUGUCAAUGUGUUUUCCUAUACGAUGACAUGCCCGACGAUGACGAUGAAGUUCACGAGGAUGUGCCGAGCGGACAAGAGGGUGAGGGCAUGGUGGCCGACGGCCGUGUUCCUCGUACUUCCAUCCGACCAAAGAAAGCCAUGCCCUGUGUGGAUGGUCUCGAGCGCUUGGAACUGUCGAUAAAAGAUACGAUUUUCUCAAGCCUGGUGUAUUCACAGCAUUCGUCGCUUGCGUUUAGUAUUGGAACAUGUACGAUUACCGAAAAGACGUUUCCUCGGAUGUCAUUGGACGCUGAAGAAGAUGAAGCAGCCAUGCUGUCGACGUGCAUUCUGCGAUGCGUUGAUACUUCACCAGUAUCUGGGCGACGCGCCAAUUUGUCAGCGAAUCUAUCGGCUCAGGUGCGCAUCGGUUUUGAGCCUGAAUCAGAUGACAGAACAUCAGCAGCACCCGCCUCUCUCGGUUUGCGGGUGAAUGUGCAACCCGUCCUCGUAGAAUGGGACAUGUAUCUAGUGGACAGGGCGCAUCGCUUGCUAGCCCUACUGGAAGAUGGUUCGACGGCUGAGAAGCAGAAAGUACGAGAUGUGGACAGGAGAAUCGAGGUCCAGAAUUUUGUCAAAACGCUCGACGUGACGACGGAAUGUGUGCAGAUAACACUGCGGUUUCCAAUGGUCAACAGUGACCUAAUUCGCUUUGGUCCGUCAUCAAAGCGGGGAUUGUGCGAAGACAGGCUUGUGAUGACUUUGGAGGAUGUAAAGGUUAUUUCAGCCUCUCCACGAGCUUCUGCCGAGGACGGCGAGACUUUUGUAGCAGGAAGCACACCGAUGCCACCUCAGUACAGAAAAGGAUGUGCACUUCCAUGGUUAGGAGAGUUCGACACUUCAUUCGACAAUGUUAAAGUAUCAUUGUGGACUCCCGAAAAUGGCAAUCAGCGAAGUGCACGCCUAGGUGAAGCGGUUCUUAUCACUGCUUGUAGUGACAAGCGCAAUGAAGACGUUUGCACUCUACGCUUGCGGCUUCAGUCCCCAUCGCGUGAAGAUAUGGAGGUUGCCGUUACUAGCAAGCAGAAUCUGUCUCAAGAUUCGGGCCAGAGUCCCGAUGGCGCGUCGGUCAACAGCUCACCUGACGACGUUAGUGGCGAUGAUAAUGACGGUGGACGAGUAGGUCUAAACGGAUGGAAUCUGGAUGCUUUAGGGCGUACAGAGUCUUACGAAAGAGCUGCUGCAGCAGCUUCGCUCUAUUCAGUAGAAAUUGGCCUGCCUAUUGCCAACGCAGUUUUGUUUAAGUCAUCUCUGGAUCGCCUGAUGGUGCUGUUUGACGCGCUCUUGAUGAUUAAUCCUAUCGAUGUUGACAGUUACAACGAGAUGCUUGCUGCAGCUGCGCUUCGGAAUCGCUUGUUGCCUUGCUACAUGAGCAUGAACCUCACGCUGGGCGAAGGAACUGUGCGUGUUUGCGACUACAUCCCGCUGUCUUCCACGCUACCCGCUCCUGGUUCAGUCGUGUCGAAUGGGACCGGAGAAAAGGCGUCCGAUCAGUCCGAGUCGGACGAAGUUUUGUUCACGUACCAUUUCGCGUUCCAGACUCUCAAAGUCUUCCAGGUGUCUCAAUGGAUGGGGCAGCUGAUCUCUCGUGUCCACGUACUGGCUCAAAACACUACUUUGCUGGAAGAAGAUGGUCGUGAGAAGACCAUUGUGCCGAUUGUUUACAGGACACCGUUUGGGACAUCCAAAGCUCCUAUUUGGUUUAUGGGUGUCGACAUUGCCGACCAAACGAAUGCGAUGCGCGAGAUGAAAGUGGAUUUGCACCUGUCCCACCUCAGCUUACGCUACAACGUACGCUCGAAAUGGUUAUUUCAGUUGCUAGAUAUGGUGUUGAUGGAUUAUCCUGUCCCAAUCAUCCCACUAGACUCGGCGAGUAUGUCGGACGAAGAAAGUAUGCAGCUUCUCGAAAUGACUAAGAGCGGACGCGACUACGAUGUCGUACCUUUGGCAACAGCGUCAAAGACCGUGUUCACGAAGCUUUUCGUCAAUUGUUACGACGUGACAGUUGAUUACGCGCCUCUGACACUGACUUCACGUGUAAUCCUGGUGCUUGGAACCGUCAGCGUCUCUUCAAACGUUGUCACAGGUGCUGUUAUGCAAGGAUUCAAACUAUCCGUGGGUGACCUGGAGCUUUUUUUGACGCACGCACGUCCCGGUUACGAAGAAAUUGACGCCGUUCUUCUUGGCAAUGACAUUUUCCUCCGUAGCAACAUCAAAGGUCCGAAAAAGAAUGCACUUACGUUUGCGGGAAAUCACGCAGGAGGAGGUGGCGGUGGUGGUGUCUCUCUGGGCACAGAGUACCCUUCCUUGCUAAUGUUUUUGGAAAAGUUUGGAUUUCUGCAGAUCGUCACGAUGGGUUUUGUGGAUGUUUUCUUACGUGUGCUCGUGGCGCCUUCUGCACUUGAAGUUGCUUCAGCGCACCAUGACCGAUCUGAAAAAACAGGAAUCAGCUUUGUCGGCGUCACCGGAGUUGUCUGUGGAACUGAAUUUAGGCACAGCUAA